AUGAAUUUGGGUGAAGCAUUCCAGAACUCGUUCGGGCAGAGGUGCGAGGAAAAGGAGCCUGUGGUUGAAGAAGAAGCAGCAGAUAAUAGUGUUACGGAUAACCGGGACUCACUCACUCCCCAACUGCACCGACAUGUCGUUCCCAUAGCACCUCAAUUACCGCACCUGGAUUGGCCUGUCGCCUCUCCCCCUGCGGAUAGACUGAUAGGGCCAUGGCCACCCAAAGAGGCACACCACUGCACUCCACGCUCAAGCUCUCAUCCUCUGUGUCCAAUUCCCUUGCUAUUUUGUGCAUUCGAUUUGCUUGUGAGUGUGUGUGCGUGGGGUCUGGCUAUGGCAGGUCUCCAGGCUGCGGCUGUAUCACAGCUGAGUUGCGUCGAUGCGCUCUCCGCCUCUUUCCAAGCUCUUGAGACCAAGGCGGCCCGUCCCCAUGGCGUCGCGCAGGGGAUGUACCCCUGCGGUGGAUGUGGAGUGCGCUCCGAGAUGGGGUUUGUGACGAGGAGCAGAGGUAGCAUGAGGAUGGUGAGGGUGAAUUCUUCCGCGGAGCGUGGACCCAGUGGUGACGCAGGCAGUGCGCCUCCGUCCACCACCAAGAAGGUUAGUAGCAUCCUGUGCAAGAACUGCGACGGGAACGGGGCGGUGGCGUGCUCGCAGUGCGAGGGAGGAGGCGUGAACACGGAAGACCACUUCGGUGGCCGCUUCAAGACUGGCCAAACGUGCUGGUUGUGUCGUGGGAAGCGCCAGAUGCUUUGCGGGGACUGCAAUGGAGCUGGGUUCAUGGGAGGGUUCAUGAACACGCAGGACGAGUGAGGAAUGCGUUGGUUUGAGGGUUGGCGGAGAUUCCGUCGCUUUGGUCCAGCUGGAGAACGCCCCUCCUUCACUAUUUGCGAAUUCUCCGUGGCUGUGCUAAACCUAAGUGACUAGGGUUGGGUUUUGUAGUAGUAGUUCGUGGAGCGUAGGACUUCUCACUCUUAUUCGUGGUUUGAUGAAUUAUGUAACAUUUUCUAUCCCCUACACUGAUGUAUUCUACAUUCCAAUGAGUCGGAAACUUAAGCUGUGAAUUUCUGAAUUUCUGAAGUUCGUGUA